AGUCGAUCAAACAGAAAUAAAAAAAUAACAUCUUGCUUCUUUUUUUAUUUAAAACAAGUUGUCAUUGAUUCUGUACAUAAACAAAACUAUAAAUCCAAUAAUUAAAAAAAAAAUGGCAGUUACAAGUGGUGUAUCAUUUUUGUUGUCAUUAGUCAUAACAAUAAUUUUAUUUUCUGGUAUGCAAAUGUAUAAAGUUUGGCUAACAUCAACACAAUUACAUACAAUUCUUGGUGGUUUUAUUGGAUCCCUGUUGUUUGUAUUUUUAUUGACAGCAGUUGGAAAUUUAGAAUCAUCAAUGUUUGGAAAACAAUUUCAACAAAAAUUCUUUCCAGAAGUUUUUAUUUCUUUGUUGUUUUCCAUGAUAUCUGCUGGUCUUGUUCAUCGAGUAUCAAUAACAACAUGUUUUAUAUUUUCCAUGGUAGCUUUGUACUACAUUAAUCGUAUUUCCCAAGAAACUUAUGUUCCACCUGCAGCAGCAUCAGCAAUACAGACAAAAAAACGAAAGUAAAAAUCAAAAAAUAUUCCAAUAUUAUUCAAUUAAUUUAAACUAAAAAAAUUAAUGACGUUAUUAAAAAUUUCAUAA